AUGGUAGUUUCCUUCUUCUUUGUUGAAGUGAAACAGAGGACUCUGUUUUCGUCGAUACACUCAGAGUUAAGAGAAAAGUCUUCUCUUCUUUUCUGAUAUUUUUGGAGACAGUUGAUGUUAUGAUUGAGGAUUGUUGAUAAUGGAUUCUGCAAGGAGUUGGUUUAAGAAAUUUCAACAAAAGAAUGAAAAUUCACCUAAGAAAAAGAAAGAAAUGGAAAAUGCCAAGGAUGCACAUAAGCCUCCCAUUGAUGGGCCUGGGGCACCUUCAACUGCCACCAAACAAAAGGCUGCCGCCGCGAAGCAGUAUAUUGAGAAUCACUACAAAUCUCAGAUGAAGAAUUUGCAAGACAGAAAGGAGAGACGUUGGAUGUUAGAGAGGAAACUUGCUGAUGCUGACAUUACUGCAGAAGAGCAAAUGAGUAUGCUUAAAUUUUUAGAGAAAAAGGAAACAGAAUACAUGCGCCUUCAAAGACACAAGAUGGGUGUUGAUGACUUCGAACUUCUGACCAUUAUAGGGAGGGGUGCAUUCGGGGAGGUAAGACUUUGUAAAGAAAAAGCUACUGGAAAUGUGUACGCUAUGAAAAAGCUCCAGAAGUCUGAGAUGCUUCGCAGAGGCCAGGUGGAGCAUGUUAAAGCAGAAAGGAAUCUCCUUGCUGAAGUUGACAGUAAAUGCAUUGUCAAGCUCUAUUGCUCGUUUCAGGAUGAUGAAUAUCUGUAUCUUGUAAUGGAAUAUCUCCCUGGGGGUGACAUGAUGACGUUACUGAUGCGGAAGGAUACCUUAACUGAGGAUGAGGCGAGAUUUUAUGUUGGCCAGACAGUUCUCGCUAUUGAAUCCAUCCACAAGCACAACUACAUCCACAGGGAUAUCAAGCCUGAUAAUUUAUUGCUUGACCAUAAUGGCCAUAUGAAGCUCUCGGAUUUUGGAUUGUGUAAACCCCUCCAUAGUAGUAGCUUUCCAGACCUUAGAGAGGAUGAUUAUGGAGGGGGAAGAAACAUUAAACCCUCAAUGGAGAGUGGUAAACAUUCUAAUCUUCCUCCUACACCAAGGCGGACACAACAGGAGCAGUUGUUGCAUUGGCAAAAGAAUAGGCGAACAUUGGCUUAUUCGACAGUUGGUACUCCGGACUACAUUGCCCCUGAAGUGUUGUUGAAGAGAGGAUAUGGGAUGGAGUGUGAUUGGUGGUCGCUUGGGGCAAUUAUGUUUGAGAUGCUUGUAGGAUAUCCACCUUUCUAUUCUGAAGAACCUUUGUCGACAUGUAGAAAAAUUGUAAACUGGAGAACCCAUUUGAAAUUCCCUGAAGAAGCCAAGUUAUCUGCUGAAGCUAAAGAUCUCAUUCGUAAACUCCUUUGCAAUGUUGAGCGGAGGCUUGGGACCAAAGGAGCUCAUGAAAUAAAGGCACACCCAUGGUUCCAAGACAUUGAAUGGGACAGAUUAUAUCAGAUGGAAGCUGCUUUUAUACCAGAGGUUAACAGUGAGCUAGAUACACAGAACUUUGAAAAGUUUGAAGAGAUGGGGGCUCAAGUACAAACUUCUACAAAAUCAGGUCCAUGGAGAAAGAUGCUUCCAUCGAAGGAUGCUAAUUUUGUCGGUUAUACAUACAAAAAUGUUGAGAUUGUCAAUGAGCAUCAUCUUUCAGGCAUUGCUGAGUUGAGGAAGAAAAGUAAUGCGCCUAAGAGACCUUCCGUGAAGUCAUUGUUUGAAACUCCAGGUCCUCCUGAUCCCCCAACAAAGGGAACCUUUCUCAACCUCUUGCCAACUCAAUUAGAGGAACCUGAAAGCCCAGUGCCUGAACAUCAAUCUACUAGAUCCACACAAUAUUUUCGGAAACCUUUGCAAAGAUAGUGGAAAAGAUGCUUUCUGUAGGUAAAUUAUCCACAGCAAAUUGGAAGUGAAAAUAUUUUUCAAUGUUGCAAAUUGGCAAUAAAACAGUUUGGGUCAUCAUAUAUAUGUUAAAAGAUUCUUCUUUGUUUAGUAUUUAAUUAGUAUGUGAAAAUAGCAUUAUGGUCAUUCUCGGUACAGCAGGAUAUAGAUGGAGUGAGUUAGCUUUCUUUCUGUAAAUCAUUUCGAGAUGUGCUUUUGGAGUAGUUAAUAACCUCUGUUUAUAUUGCCUAUAGAAAGAUGAAGGCAGAAGUUUAAGUGAUUAGUCUAGGUUGUUCAUUAUUUGCCUGUCACACCAGUAACUAUAGAAACAAAUUACACAGGUAUCUCAUAAAUGUGCUCUCUUUUCUUAAAUUGAUUAUUCUACAUCAUAAUAGUAAUUGUCGUGGACCUCUGGUGAGACAUUCAAAAUU